CGAAGGAAUCAAAACAAACGACGAAAAGAUCCGGCCGAGACGCCUUUCCGCUUAGUUUCUCGUUUUAGUUUAAAUAUCCCCUCGAAAGCCGCUCUGUGGCGUAUAAUCCAGUAAAAUGAGCUCUUUUCUGGCAUCCGUGUUUCCGUUGUUGAGGCGAACAGCAGCAGCACAAACACUUGUUGUCCGGAAUUAUGCAACCCCGAAAGCCGGAGGAGCACUGGGUGGGUCAAAGAAGAAGAAACUCGGGAAGCUGGGACCCGUCGUGGAGAAGAAAGUAAUUCCGGUUGAAACGGAUGCAAACCGGCUCGUGAACUACGUUUGCGGUAGCAACAUCCUUAAGCAAGGAGAGGACAUAAAGCUGAAGCCCGAUUCGGAGUAUCCGGCGUGGCUGUGGUCGAUGCACGUCGGUCCUCCGCUCACACUGGAACAGAUGGACCCCGAAACGAAGGCAUACUGGCGCAAAUUGAGGCGUAUGGCGCUACAACGUAACAACAAACUGGCCAAGCUUAAAAAGUUCUAGUCGCCGGGAAACUGUGGCUUUUAUUAGAAACGGAAGAGGCCAUUUGAAGGGCACGAAACUGUAGCAAUACCACCAGGUAGGUCACAAUUGCUGCCAACAUCUAAAGUGAGAAACAAGCGCACAAUAACUAUGAGUUAAGCUACAAACAGCAGCGGUC